AUGGGCAUAGAGACCUCUCCGCCAGAUGUCGAGGAAUCGACAGAGCCACCAAUACGUUCUUCUAUUCAUGAAGGCCAUCAACAGCACCCGGGAUCAACCCUAAACCAAUCGCCUUCCACCGACCGCCAUACAGGAGAAGCAGAAGAAGUCUCUAAGUGUCCAAGUACAGCUGUUUCCCUUAACCACUCAGUUUAUUCGACCCUUGAUCAGCUUCAAAAGCAUCAAGAAAUCUGUGAAUACGCCUACUCUUACCCCAUUUCGGAAGUCUUUCGUGCUGUGGGAGUUGAUUUGCAACAUGGACUCAGUAGUACCGAAGCGGCAUAUCGCCUUGAGCGGGAUGGACUUAACAAGGUUAAGGGAACACAGGGGGUUUCCCUGUGGAAAAUUCUGUUAAGACAGGUGUCAAACAGUCUGACUUUAGUACUCGUCAUAACCAUGGCAUUAUCUUUUGGGAUUAAUGACUAUAUAGAAGGUUCCGUUAUAACUGCUGUCAUCCUUCUCAAUAUUGUUGUUGGUUUUGCCCAGGAUUAUCGUGCAGAAAAAACGAUCCUUUCGCUACAAGCCCUUUCUGCACCAGUGUGUAAAGUCAUUCGCGACGGCCGAAUCAAGUCUGUGAAAGCUGAGACACUCGUCAUAGGUGAUGUCGUCCAACUUGUAGUUGGAGAUAUGAUUCCAGCAGAUUUAAGACUGUUUGACGGUGUGAAUGCCUCCACCGACGAAUCCCUCCUUACAGGCGAAUCGCUGCCUAUUUCCAAAACCCCCCACGUUGUUUUCCCUUCUCGUGAAAUGGCAGUAGGGGAUCGGACGAAUAUGGCCUAUUCUGGAAGUACGAUGACUCGGGGUCGUGCGGUUGGGAUUGUGACCGCAACCGCAAUGGAAACCGAGGUUGGUAAGAUUGCACAGCUGUUACGCCAGCAGGGGCCAAAAAGUGUUAUGGGUUCAAACAUAGUCCUACGAACAUUAAAUAGAGUGAAGAACACCUUGGUUCAUAUCCUGGGUUUGGUGGGAACACCACUCCAAGUCAAGCUCAGCAAAUUCGCAUUAUUGCUCUUCGCUCUCGCGAUUAUGUUGACUAUAAUUGUUUUUUCUGCCAAUAAAUGGGAUGUACAUGGCGAAGUAUUGAUAUACGGUAUUUGUGUUGCCGUUUCCGUCAUCCCCGAGUCACUUAUUGCAGUCCUCACCAUAACUGUCGCUGUUGGUACAAAGGCGAUGGCCAAAGGCAACGUGAUAGUUAGAAAACUACAGGCACUUGAAGCUGUGGGCGGAGUCACAAACAUUUGCUCAGACAAGACCGGUACACUUACUCAAGGUCGAAUGGUUGCACGGAAAGCCUGGGUUCCGGGCGCUGGAACCCUGACUGUCCACGAUACGACCAACCCCUUCGAUCCUCGAAGUGGAUUUGUUCAAAUGGAUGGCACAGAUAUUGAUACCGAUCAUGUCGGCAAGAAUUCCAACUUCACCACGUUUCUCAAUGCUGUAGCGCUGUGCAAUUUGUCGUCUGUCUACAACCCCAAUGACAAAAACUCAAUCGAUAACCAGUCAGCUACGGAUGCUGGCGAUGAUUGGAGUGCCGUUGGAGAGCCCACAGAAAUCGCUCUUCAUGUUCUUGCCCUCCGGUUCAAUUCCGGAAAACUGGCGUUACUUCAAGGCAACCGGCGGAAGCAGUUGGCAGAGUUUCCUUUCGAUUCAGCAAUAAAACGAAUGACAGUCGUCUAUCAAGAUUCCAAGUCCAAGUGUGCUCAGGCAUUUUCCAAGGGCGCAGCCGAAUCCAUGUUGCCAUUACUGAGGUCUUCGGAUAAAACGAAGUCGGAGAUUCGCUACGCUGUCGAUAACAUGGCAGGGGAAGGGCUUCGAGUCCUGUGUGUGGCGCACAAGAUUAUCCCCGAAAAUGAGUUGGGUCAACUAUCCCAACGCGAAUCCACAGAACAAGACCUCCAGUUCGUUGGGCUCGUUGGGCUCUACGAUCCUCCUCGUGUGGAAACUCCCGACGCGGUUAGGAAAUGCCAUAUGGCUGGCAUUACCGUCCACAUGCUUACAGGCGACCACAUCAAGACAGCCACGGCUAUUGCCUAUGAAGUUGGUAUUCUUGGGAAUAUGAUACCGUCCGCUCAAGCUAGCACUGUAGUCAUGAGUGCCGAGCAAUUUGACAAGCUCUCUGAUGCGGAGAUCGAUGUUAUUGAGGCGCUACCCCUCGUGAUCGCAAGGUGUAGUCCAGCCACCAAAGUUCGUAUGGUGGAGGCGAUGCACCGAAGAAAUGCGUUCUGUGUCAUGACUGGCGAUGGAGUAAAUGAUUCCCCAGCCCUCAAGCAUGCUGAUGUCGGCAUUGCUAUGGGAAAAAAUGGAAGCGAUGUGGCCAAAGAAGCUGCUGACAUGGUUCUCACGGAUGAUGAUUUUGCAUCUGUCGUGAAAGCUGUUGAAGAAGGACGUCGCUUAUUCGACAAUAUCCAGAAGGUAGAAAGAUAA